UGCCGUAGUUUAAAUCCUCGGACCUCUGACUUGCAGUAAACUUCUCUACUUCCUGUUCGCCGUCCCACUCUUAUAGACUGAAAAGGUGAUGGUUUUGAAGGAAAGGGAUUAUAUUUCGAUUGAUUUGGAUUGAAGUUGAGCACAAGAUGAGCUGGAUUCCUUUCAAAAUUGGACAACCAAGGAAACAGAUUGUUUCGAAAACGGUUGAAAGGGACUUUGAGCGGGAAUAUGAGAAGCUCCAAAAGGUGGAAGAUCAGACAAAGAAGCUGCAUAAAGACAUGAAGAAAAGCACAGAGGCUGAUUUAGCAAUGUCUAAAGCAGCAGUGAAGAUCUCAGGGGACUUGUUGAGCAAUCCGUUGUGUGAGCAGGAUCUGGCUUUCCUUGAAUCCAUGAAUGGUCUGGAUACAGCCAUGAAGAGAAUGGAUGCCUUCAAUCAGGAGAAGGUCAAUCAGAUUCAGAAGACCGUGAUCGACCCUUUGAAAAAGUACAGCAGUGUGUUUCCCAGUCUGAACAUGGCGGUAAAACGCAGGGAACAGGCUCUUCAAGAUUAUAAGAGACUCCAGUCUAAAGUGGAGAAAUAUGAAGAAAAAGAGAAGACGGGGCCCAUCAUGGUCAAACUCCAUCAGGCUAGGGAAGAACUGAAGCCUGUCAGGGAAGACUUUGAAGCCAAGAACAAGCAGCUGUUGGACGAGAUGCCCGAGUUCUACAACAGCCGCAUUGACUACUUUCAGCCCAGCUUUGAGGCUCUGAUACGAGCUCAGGUGGCCUAUUUUACAGAGAUGCACAAGAUCUUCACUGAACUGACGGAUCAGAUUGAUCAGGGCGGUUUGACAGAUGAACAGAGAAAGCAAGAGAACGAGGCCAAACUGAACGAGUUGCGUGCGCUGUCCAUCGUGGCUAACGACUGAGACAGAAAACAUCCUGGUACCCACGUCUUACUCUGAUGUUCUAAUGAAGUCACGUCAACAUUUAAUUUAUUUCUCUUUUUUGUUUGUUAUUUUUUUGUUGAUAGUGAUAGUGUGUCAUUUUGACAGAAGAAGCCAUCAGAAAACACCAAUGAUACUGUAAAACCUUUGAGCAGGAAUUAGCAUGAAGUUUAGAAUCUCAGCUGGAAUUAAUUACCUUUUCUUUUUUCCAGUCACUUUUUGGUGAUCAAACUUCCUGUGUUUAGUUCUAGUCUUGUCUUUUCUUUUUGUUAUUACAGUCACUAUAACUGACCAACAAUUGAAUUUUUAACAGAUCAUUUACAUGUGUAUCUUAAAGCUUUCCCAUUGACCACAGGCCAAAUUAAUAUUCAAACCAUAAUAAGCUUAGUUUUUUUAUACAUGAUGAACAUUUUGUUUUCCGUAGCGUUCAAACACUACAAUAGUAUGUUCUGCAGCUUUUUUAUGCUUUUUAAAGUGUCUUCAGAAAAUAGUGUAACACUGGAACAGUGCAGAGAAUUGCUGAAGAUGGGAAAAUGUUAGUGCGGAUGUCAGUUAACAGAAAUCAUGUUAGUCUGGUGUGGAUUCUGUGAUGAACUACAUGCAUUUCAAUGAUACUCUGCCUCCCUCUACUGACACACGUGAAGCAUUUUUCAUCUUUUGUUUUGUUUUUGUAUCUGGCCUGUGUUUGUGCUCGUUGUGUUUGUAAUGAAGGAAAGACCGGUUUAUAUACAGUAUAUAUAUAUAUUUACCAGUAGUCUUACAGCCAUAAUACACAAGGGCCAAUUAUUUAAGCCACACAUUUUCAUCUCAUUUGUGUUAUUGUUGUGAAUAGCAUCAGUUACUGACAAUCACUAUAUAGUGAAGUUUUGAAACUGGAAGAGCGUUGAUUGUAUAAACAAAAGAUUAUUGGUUCGGUUUGACAUUAUUUAAAAUGUGCCUUCACAGUAGGUGAGUAUGUUGCUCACUAUAGUCUAGUGUAAACGAAUUCAGUGCCUUUGUCCCUUUGGAUAAAGCAUCUACCAAGCAACUUAUACACUGCUUUGCUUUUAAAAAAAAUGAAUGUUUGACUUCUGAAAUAAUCUAAAACAUUUUCUCUGGACCACAGCCUUCCGCUUCCCAAAAAUGUGUGUAUUUUUUCGUCUGUAAAAUUGUUUUCCUUUAAACAAAUUGUUUGCUGUUGUGUUUACUUGUCAAACAUUCUUACAGUAAAUUGGUUGUGGAUA